UAAUAUCAAUCACAUGAACAACGCACUAUUUCAGCAUACAGUUGAAACAACUAGAAAUGUAAGGUCAUGAAAAUCAAAUUUUUAUCAGUGAAGUAAUGUGAAUAAAUUAGACAUUUCUCGGUUGAUUUUUCAUUAGGGCGUAUAAGCAAGUAACAGUUUCUCUUUAAUCACUCUCUCUUCCGAUUAUUGUGAUGUGAUUAAAAAGAUUUUCUUUGAUUUCACUACACUGUUUGAAUGUCGAAAGUUCCGGGUAUCAUUUGCCAAGAGUUGAGUGAUAAACGUGGAAACCGCUUGGUAAUUAAUAGAAAAGAAAGUAAACAAAGAGAAACUGUCACUUGCUUAUACGCCCUAAUGAAAAAUCAACCGAGAUUUACGAUAACGUUGUUACUGCCUGCCAAGUGCCAUACCAACGCAUUCAGACAUAGCUUAGGUGAUCACCUUUACUGUUUCAUUUUGUGUUUACCGCUGGAGACUACCUACCGUUUCUGCAUCAACUACCUUCUUUGUUGAAAUGUCAAAGCAAAGAUAAACAAAAACAGUUCGUGAGCAAUAUUGGUAGGCUAGUGAUUGGAUUUUUAAAUACGACAAACAACAUUACUUCUAUGGUCGAAAACUCUCUAAAAAUGUUAUCUCGUCAACCUGGCGGGUUGAAUAGUUAGAAUGACUAAAAAGAAACCAUCUCCACAAAAUCGUAUCUGGGAAAAGGAACGACGUGAUCGGCUAAAUCAAACUUUCGACGGACUUUCCAAGCUACUUCCGGAUUAUGAGCCGGCCACUCAGCUCAGCAAAAUCGAAAUCCUCCAGAGGACGAUCGAGUAUGUGGAGAAAUUACAAAACAAGAUUAAAGCUUUCUUGGAGGAGCGGGAUGUUUUUUUAAAAAAGCACGUCGACGAGCUUGAAGAACGACUGCAGGCUUUGAUAGCUAGAAACGAGGAUUUAGCUGCUCUACUGAAAAAGGCAAAUAUUACUGUUCCGCCUUGUAAGCACGGUUCGACUGGAAUCAAAGACGGAUCCCAAGAUACGUCAAUAGAUGUUCCGGAAAUCGCUAAAAAGUCUAGCAAACCUAACAAAAAAACUUCGCCGAAAAAAAAGGAUAAGGAGAAAAAGAUUGAUCAACAAUCGGAGCCAAUAGUUCCUCCGAUAAAUUCUGUGAUAGAGCAACAAGCAACUAUUAGUGACGGAACAAGUGCGUCUACUACUGACGCGGUUACAUCUGGAUCACCCGAAACUAGCGAUUCUAGUGUAACAUCCAGUGUACUGGAUACCCGGAAACAUGAUAGUAACAACGAAGCAAAAAUUGCGACAACGGUCACGAUGUCAACCUGCAUACCCAGCACGUGUUUUGUGAUGGCCAACAACCAAAUUGUUGGCACAUUGAAACAAACUAAUGGAGUUAACGUCACUCCGACUCUCCUCUCUACACCGAUAAUGGCUACGGGUGUUCUGAUAUCGAACAACGGGAGCGUACUGCAGAUGCCACUUGUUCCUCCCCAAUCAUCCCUGCUGAUUGUAAGCAAUGAAGAUGUGCGAUUCAAGAUAUGCUUGAAAAAGAAAUCGGAUUCCGCCAAGUCCCAAUCAAAGGCCAAACACCUGCAAAACUCAAAGUUUAGUAUAAAAUCCAUUGACGUGAUUCCCGGUCGAAUUAUAAAUGGCAAAAUUCCGAUACCACCUUUGAAGCGAGCUUGCCGAACUUUGGUGAAACUGAGGAAAGAACCACGGAAGAAACGACGAAAGCGAAAAAUCACGGAUACAAAGGAAAGAGAGGAACUAAAUGAUAAAAAGAUGAAACUUGAAUCUGGAACGCAAACAAAGGAGGAGAAAGUUGCGAAUUGUACUCAACAGGAAGUAACAGAAGAAUCACAACCAAUUGUAACAAGUAUUUCGGAAAAUGUGAGGUUGCAAACAGCAGCACAACUAACGGCCUCGGAAACGACAAUUGAAGAGGGAGCCAACUCACUGGAUAUGAAUCUAGACCAAACAGAUUUAUCGAAUGAUCUGUUUGCAAAUCUUCAAGUCCCAGAUGCCGAUUCGGGUGAAAAUCAGGGAUCACUUUCACCUACGGCAGCUUACCUGAUGAAUUUCCCGUUGGUUGCCAGUGGGGGAAAGAUAGCCGGUAAUCAAACGUUCGCACCUGGUGACGGUGAAAUUUCGGAUGUUGUGGAAAAUGACAAAAAGGUCACACCAUUGCAAACCAAUGACAAUAAUUUGCUCUUGGACAACUUUUCGUCUUACUUCAGCUCGAGUGUAUACGGAGGAUUAGAUGGUGUGGUUCCCGUUGUUUCAGAACCAGUGACGACUGCGGCCGUUACUUCUACGAACUUCUCUACAAUCUACCAAUCCAUUGACAGCAUGUUGGAACACAAGACAUCAUGUACAAAAAAUACUUCCGACUGCAGGUACAAUGCAACUUCAUUUACCUUCACUUUGACACCUACUAGCUCAACCGUUACAACGCAAUCUUCAUUCGACUAUAGACAUUCCUCGACGUCAAACUAUUACUACCCUACUACCGUAACGACCACCAAACCUAUCGAUGAGUAUGGACUGCUGAAACCGGCAAUAGUAAGUGAGUUCACGUUUUCAUUAACCAGCACAACCUCAAGUGCUCCCAAAACUAUGCAGUCACAAUACACAAAUAGUAGCAUUCAUUCCUCUACCAUGACAACCCCAUCGUACAGUACAUAUGACUAUCAAUCUAAAAUCGCAAACAAAGCAGCAAGUUAUACUGCAAACUACAUACCGGAGACGCCAAAGCCCGAUAUGAAAACUCCCAAAAAGUACGAUUUCCUAGAAGCAGAAAAACCUGCAACCAGUUUCACAUUUUCCCUGACGUCAACAACUAAAACCUUGCCGAAGUAUACGCAAUCAUCCAUAGCGACACCGUCGACUGCAUGUGUAAUGCAAAACGCCGUCACAAGUAUUUCUUCUUCAUACUCGAAAGUAGAAGAUUGUCUGUACAAAAUAGCCAAAUCGACAACACAUCCAUACAAAAACCCUCCCAAACAAAAACUCCUUCAAACUUAUCCCACUGCAACGAGCUCCCACAUCACAUAUCAAUCACAACCAUCGAGUUGCCAACAAUCCAAAUACGACGUCAACUGGAUGGCGUCGCAAGAUCCGAAACCAAACACCAAUCAGGAGUGUGCUCAAUUGCUUCCCGGACUCGACAUCAACCCAACGUCAUCACACUCGUUCCAAACGGCCAACAUUGAUCUGAGCCGCAAAUCGGACAUCUUCUUCGCUCAUCCUUCUACCGGGGAAGAAAAUCUCGUCGCUUGGUCACCGAACAAACUCACCAACAUUUUGAAUGACACAACAUCCUCCUACUAUCCGCCAACUACGGUCAGUUUGCCGAACCUCAACGGCGAUCUUGCGUUGAACAGCAUUAUCAACAAUUGUCCACCGGUCACCACGACCAAAUUCUCUGGUCAAACUCGAAAAGUCAACGACACAGGCAGUAGCUUUUUGUCGGUGCAACAGCUAGUUGAUCAGCCUAGAAAAAGUACCAAUAAAAACUACUUCAAUUGCACCAGUUAUCCCAAUAAUCAGAAACCUCUGCAAAACAAUUAUUCUGCUGAGGCACUAAUCGCUGCUCCUAGUAACAGCGCAUCCAAGAAAGAUAAAUUGUUGCACGAAACAAGCUACAAUAGCUACGGCACAUACAAUGCCGAUACGAACGCUACAACUGGACUCUCGUUCAACUUCGACUACUCAACGGAUUACAACAAAAAUUACAACUACAACUGCCAGCAAAACUAUAUGACAUCUUUCAUGGACAACAGCUACGGUUUACCAACGCUUCCGGCUGUCGCCACGUCCUCCACGAGCAGCACCAACUACAGCAGCUACGGAUAUUCAUCGGAGAAAAAACAAACCAGCAGCUACUAUCAGACUUCAUCGUAUCAAGUAGCUCCUUCUGCGGAAAUUCCAUACUACGUGCCAUCCAGUGAAAAACGAGCGACUUCUUCUAAAUCGAAGAAGUAUUCCAAGCAACCACAGACGAAUACCGACCACAGCUCGCAUCCAACAACGACAACCACCAGCAGCUAUUUUCCUGCGGGUAUCCUACCACCGCCGCCACCUCCACCAAACCUACAGGAUGAUACACAUUGCUACAAUAACUUCAAUUUCAACCCCUCGGUGACGGCGAAAAGUGCCAGCUGUUACACACAACCGUACCAGAAUGCGGCGGUACCUAAUUACUCGUUCGGGUCCGGAACCGGGCCCUAUCCGAUGCACGCGGGAGGUAAUAAUACUGUGACGGCCGGAAGUUCACUAACGAACUUCAAUCUCAGUACCAUCUGCCCCGAAAUCAACGAGAAAAGUGCGGAAAACAACACCGGUGGACUACAACCGGCAGCAAUCGGCACUACUGUUAGACAAGCAAUAACCGGUGGAUCCGGCUGGUGAUAAGGUUUCUUAUUAUUGUGUGAAAGAUAUGUUAUUAAAGAAAUUGUAAAUUACAUACACGAGUUUGAAAAUCUGAAUAA